AGAUCUCUUGUAGGUUCAGUGUUCGAGGAACCACAGAAAAAAAACGAAGGUAUUUCAGAUACUAAAUCAAAAACUCCGAUUGGUAAAAAAUAUGUUAAUGAUAGUAUUACUACUACGAAUUCCAACACAAACGUUCCUAUUACCUCUAAAAGUGAGGAAAAUUUGGUUAAACCCAAUUCAGAAUUUUCUAAUUCCAAAGUGACCAAAGAACAAGAUUCCAACUUGAUCAUUGAUCAAGUUGAACCUGAAGUACACAAAGUGAAAGAAAGUUCAUCUAAAUCUCCUGGAGGCUCACAAAUAGAUGAAAUAUCCGAGUUACAACCUACACCAUCAGUAACAGAAACUUCAAGCAAGAAAUCUUUGCCUCAAGCUGGUAGAAAAGUUCUACUUGACAAAUUACCUUGGGUGGCUCAAUUAGACAAUUCAAUUUCGCAAAGAUUAGAAGGUGUUUUUGGAAAUAAAGUGGUGUUGCCUGGAAUGGGACGUGGAGGGAUGAUAAAAAAAGUUGACAUAAUUGGGGAAAAUGGAGAAAUUAGUAAUAAUAACAGUGGAGAAAAGAAAGAUGAGGAAGUUCAAACUAUUAAACCUUUAGUUCAUUUAACAAAAGAUAGACCAAGAAGACCUGGUAGGUUAAAACCACAGAUAAGUUCAGUAAAAUCUGUAAAUAAUGAUGUAAAUAAAUCAAAUGUAGUAGAAAGUGAUGAAAAAAAA